AUGGGAGUUCAUUUGGGUUCAUUUGUAGCCCAAGUUGGUGGGGUUAUGACUGAUAAAGCUUGCUUGAAGAAUACCAAUUCUGAUUUAUCUUCUAUGCCUACUCUAGAACAAAUUGAGCCAAUAAUUAAAGCCUACUCUCCAUGGGUGUACUUUUAUCCUGAUGAAAAAUACUUGCCAGCUUCAGUGGAGUGGUUUUCUGAGAAUGGGGGACUAUUACAUAAGAGAGGGGACGAGGGAAAUCCUGUUCCAAUUACACCCAACGGCUCAAACCUUCCUCAAGGUGGUUCAGAUGAUGGUGCCUAUUGGUUGAACGAACCAGAUGACUUUGAUGCUAGAGACAGGGUCGAGAGAGGAGAUUUAGCAAUAGCUCUGGUUUAUAUGCAUGUAAAGCCCAUGUUUGGUGCUACAUUCACUGACAUAGCUAUAUGGAUCUAUUAUCCAUUUAAUGGCCCUGCCAAGAUAAGAUUUGGACUGAUCGAUUAUCAACUUCCGCACAUAGGUGAACAUAUUGGUGAUUGGGAGCAUGUGACCUUGAGAGUCAACAAUUUCAAUGGAGAGCUACAAAGUAUCUAUUUUUCUCAACAUAAAGGUGGUACAUGGUUGGAUGCUACUGAUCUUGAGUUUCAAGAAGGUAACAAGGCUGCUGUGUAUGCAUCAAGGUAUGGACAUGCAUUUUAUUCAAAGCCUGGACUUGUUUUGGACGGGCGCGAUGGAACUGGACAGAGGAAUGAUUGUGAAAAGGCUGAUUUGUACUUGGAUACUGGAGCAAGUUAUACAUUGGUGGCAGCUGAGUAUUUGGGCUCAGCAGUUGUUGAGCCACCUUGGCUAAACUAUCUUAGAAAAUGGGGUCCAACAGUUAAUCAUAUUCUUGAGGAUGAGAUUGAUGAGGUUUUGAAAGUAAUUCCUAAGCCUCUUAGAGGUCGUUCCAGGAAACUUUUCUACAAAUUACCAAGGGAAAUACUGGAGGAGGAAGGCCCCUCAUCGAUCAAAGCCAAGGUUAGUUGGGAUGGAGAUGAAAUUUGA